GGCAUGGUAAGCGCCUUUCUACACGUCACAGUUGUAAAACUUUUAACCACAAUAAAAUCAAGGAUUUAGGAGCACCAAAUAAAUACACGAAGAUUUUUUAUCUAUAAUAUAUUUACUGUAAUUAAGUAAUUAUAAGUAAUUUUACUUUUUGUUCAUAUUGUGUUCUAUUAAAUUGUGUUUUAAUUAAUCAUGAAAAUAAAAAACGUGGAAUUCGCUCCUUUAUGGGUGCCUUUGGGUCGACGGCUCGAAACCCUAGGAAUGGCUAUUACGAUUUCAAUGAUAAUUUUAAGCUCACUGUCGUGGAUUGUGAUUAUCCCUUAUACUUUACUGUUCACACGUUAUUGGUGGAUCGUGCCAGUCUAUAUCAUAUGGACGAUCAUCGACAAGGACUCUGCGUCUUCGGGAGAACCCAAGUACUUUGCACGCAGUAAAUAUAGACCAUUAUGGGACUUGUACAACUAUACAUCGCUUUGGGCUUUGUAUAGACGAUACUUGUCUGCAUCACUAAUUAAAACUUACGACCUUCCCGCUGACAAAUCAUACCUAUUUGCGUCGUACCCACACGGCACCUUAGGCUUUGGAGUUUUCGGUAAUUGUUUUAACGGCGCUAGCCCCUUCCGACACUUGUUUCCAGGUUUAAACGCAUUUAUGCUCGUUCUCGGCGAACAUUUCAAAAUACCUAUUGGCCGUGAACUUUUAAUAAAUUUUGGUUUUCGAGAUGCGUCCGAAAAGAGCCUGAUCAAUAUAUUGGACGGUAAGAAAGGAAAUGUAGCGAUAUUAUUGGUAGGCGGCGUCGCCGAAGCGUUCAACUCGUUCCCAGGGCCCAUUCAUAUUAUUGUGAAUAAAAGGAAAGGAUUCGUUCGGAUAGCGUUGAAAACCGGAGCAUCGAUCGUGCCGGUUUUCUCAUUUGGCGAACAUAACCUUUACCGGAAACAUGAAGUAGCGCCCAACUCGCUUUGCCAUAAAUUUUUAAAAUUGGUCAAUUGGAGAGGGGAUAGGAUAUUGCCGAACGGUCGUGGGCUGUUGCAAUAUACCUUUGGUAUACUGCCUCGUAGGUGUUCUAUCGUAACAGUCGUGGGCAAACCGAUUGAUGUUCCAAAGAUCUCAAAUCCGACAACGGAAGAAAUAAACAAGUACCACGAAAUAUAUGUAACUGAACUGAAAAAGUUAUUCGAUGAACACAAAACUAAAUACUCGACGUAUCCAGAAGAAAUGAAUAUGAUUUUGGACUAAUAGUUACAUUUAUACGACUUAAAAUAUAGUCUUAGUAGUUUCUUUUUAUUUAAAUUUUAAAUGAUAUUAAAUGUAUACCUAUAUAUUUUGUAGU